UUGUCUCCAAAAGUAAUUAAUUUUUUAAAAAAAUCAAGGGGGCUCAGUGGAUAAAGCAGCACCUUGACCACAUCUGUGAGUACCUGAGCUCAGACCCCCACAUUAAAAGGUGGGUGCAGUGACGUCUGUCUGUGAUCCCACUAGGGGUGAGGAGCUGAAACAGGUGGAUCUCUGAAGCUCAUCGGCCAGCCAGUCUAGCUAAACUGGAGAGCAGUGGAGGAGACACAUCUAACGUCGGCCACUAGGCUCCUCCAGUAAUGCUUACACGCUGUUAAAGCACACACCCCCCCCCAGAGUCACAGUGAGAGCAGAGAAAGAGUGGAUUGAAUCGGAUAGCUCACGUGGGACUUAGAACUGAGGGGCCACAUAACAAUGUUUGUAAGGACCGGAUAGUGCAAGGAGAUGAUGACAGCUGCUGAAGAGGAUGCCUGAAAGCCCUGUUUGUAGACCAGAGUGUGAGCGUGCUUGAGGGCUCUGGGAGGGUGAGCGUAUAUAUACCCGAGCAUGGCAAAGCGUGCAGGUGAGCAAAAGUGAAGGAUCUUAGUGUCGAAUGAAUACUUAAGAAAGAAAAGAGGGUCGAUGAGAAAGGUUGUGGAGUGAAGAGAAGAGAAGCCAAGAUGAAAGCUGGGUCCUGAGUGGGCCCAGAUGGAUGGCCACAGAUGUGGCUUCACAAAAGCAGAAGGGCUGGGUAGGACAGAGCCAAUGUAACUGUCCCGACCCACCACUCCUGCCCCUUAGAUCCAUGGACCCCAGUGAAACGGCUGCUCUCCACCACUGUUCUGCUGACUCUUCCCCAGCCGACGAGGCCAGAGUGCCCCAGAGUACAGAGCUUAUUCCCAGGAGACCAGUCAGUCGCUCUCCAACCUGUGCCCGCUGUCGCAACCAUGGGGUCACAGCCCAUCUCAAGGGACACAAGCGCCUCUGCCUCUUUCAGGCUUGCGAGUGUCACAAAUGUGUCCUCAUCCUGGAACGUCGGAGGGUCAUGGCUGCCCAAGUGGCCUUGCGCAGGCAGCAGGAGGCACAGCUGAAAAGGCACCUGGCUCAGGGACUGAUGAAAGGGGCAACCCCUCUGAAAGCUCCCCUCCGUGUCAAGAAGGGAGCCAUUCGGCCAGGGAUCCCUUCUGGAAAAGAGAACAUAGCACCCCAGCCUCAGAGUCCCCAUGGAGCAGUCCCACUGGUACUGACACCCCCUGGGAAGGAGAACUAUGGGCCACUGCUGCUCAGCCGCCCCCCGGAAGCCUUGCCUUUGCCCUGGACUCCAGUGCCUCCUGGGCCUUGGGGCCCUGGACACUGGCUGCCCCCAGGCCUCUCAAUGCCACCUCCAGUGGUAUGCCGCUUGCUGUGCCAAGAACCUGCUGUCCCUCUACAUCCUUUUCCUGGCUUUGACCCUGGCACCUCUCUCCGGCUGCCCACUCAUGGGACCCUCCCGACCUGCCCAGGAUCUCGCUCAGUACUGACGGCUCCACUUUCUGGGGAGCCCCAAGGACCCCCUAACCUGCCUCACACAUGUUCAACUCUGAUACUCCAGUCCUGUGGCACCCCAGACUCUCUUCUGCUACAGCCACAGGCCCCUGGAGCCUCCUGCCUGGCCUGGACAUCUGGCCCCUCGGAGCGGCAGCUGCAGCGGGAGGCAGCUGAGGCCCUUGUAGGUCUGAAAGACUCAUCCCAGGCUCCCCGCCUGACCCCAUCUGUCCCCCCUAACCCUGCCUGGAUCUCUCUGCUCCACCCCUGUGGCCCACCAGCUCCUCCUGGGGGAAGAGGAUUCCAGCCUGUUGGCCCACCUCUCCGACCCAGUCCAGGUUCCUCUGUCUCUCUGCACAUUGGGCGUCUGGGAUCUAUCUCCCUCCUCAGCUAGACAGCAGAGGUGGAGGCUACCUCACUGGGACAAAGAGACGACAAACUGCAGGCACUGCAUAUUUGGUAUUUUAUUUAUGGUUUUGCAUGGGAUUUAAUGUAAUGCAAGCUUCAGCUUUUUUUUUUAUAUAAGCUUUCAGGUUCCUUUUUUAGUGUGGGUAUUUUCUUGACUGAGGGUGGCUAUUCUUGUAGCCCGUUUAAAUACUAAGUCCCCCAAUAAAGGCAGUUGGGCAGUUUAAGAUGACCCAUAUCUAAAUACAUUUUUUCAUGAGUUUAUGCUCUCUAUAUGCCUAUGUUCUUAUGUCUGUCUCUGAAUGUGAAAAUACAAGAAUAUGUUCACUUUGUAUGUAGGUUUCUGUAAGCAAGAAAUAAACCUUUGCCAUCUAAGCCA